AAAACAAACUUCUCCAGAAACCUCCAUUUCGUUUUCUCGCCCGAAAAACCAGACUUCCACCUCCGACGAGUUAUUCCGAUGGCCAAUUACAGACUUAGAAUAUCGAAUAUGAUACCCAAUUCUUGGUUUUACAAGCUCAAAGAUAACAAAAGUAGCAGCAAAAUGACGAAGAAGGAAUCAAUCACAAGCUCCUCAUCCUCAUCGUCGUUAUCCUCCGCCGGAACCCUAACCAAAACCCACAACGACGAUCAGGUUCAACGGAAGUCCUACUACUUCACUAGAGACCUAAAUGUGCCUAACCGGAAGAAGGAAGAUUCACCCGAGUCGCCACGAAAAUCAUCGAAGAAAAAAAGACCCAUCACUCAGAAGAAACCACUUCACCGGAAUUCGGUACCCGGAGAACUCAAUUCCGUCGUAAAAUGCCAUUGUCGCGUCACGCCGGAGUCCGUUUGGACAGAAUCCAACCCAGGCUCCAAUUCCUCCGAUACUGAAUUCCAAUCGCCUGAAUCUCUGAAUUGCCCCUGUAAAACGAUUUCAAAUUAUGAUGACGUUUACCGGAAACUCGACCUACCGCCGAUUAUAACAAAGCCAGCGAAACCAGAGGAAUUCGGGUCGGGUAAAUGGGUCAUAGAGGAAGGAGGCGGGAGUUUAUCGGUGAAGGUUAAAAGACUCCCAGGUGGAAAAGCGAAAGGUAACAUUUACUCUCCGAGAAUAGGAAACAGAGUUAGGGUUCAGGCCAUAAACGGUGGCCGGAAAAGCAUUGGAAACCGGCGGGGGUUGUCGGCGAGUAUGGCGGUGGUGAAAACGUCUGUAAAUCCUCACAAGGAUUUCAAAGAAUCAAUGGUGGAGAUGAUAAUGGAGAAUAACAUCAAGAGUUCAAAGGAUUUGGAAGAUCUUCUUGCAUGUUAUCUCUCACUGAAUUCCGACGAGUAUCAUGAGUUAAUCAUCAAGGUAUUCAAGCAAAUUUGGUUCGAAAAUACUAAUAUCAAAUGGUGAAUUUAUUUCGUUAUGUUUUUGGAUCAAAUCAUAGCAUUGAGAAUGUUAAAAAAUAUAUCUGAUAUUGAUGUUUAUGAAAUCGGUAGGAGGGUUUAAUUAACGAAUAGAAACGGGUUCAUUAAGCAUCACCCGAUUUCAUAUUUUCGUGUAAAUUAUAAUCUUUAUGAGCAAUGGUCGAUAAAUAUCAAACAAAAGAUC